CAGUUGAAUCCAAGAAAUCUUUCAGUAUGUGACAGAGCGACACCACUAUUGAAUCAACCCCUGCUGGGAUUAGUUCUAAAAACGGCUUUUACAGUUGGUUUGAUGGGGUUCCAUCAUCCAGGUUUUCAUUUAAGAGCACUUCUUGUUGUUUUCCCAUUCGUCAGAAAGAAUAAUGGUGCAGUGUUGCUUGCCGUGAUUAGUGCCUCAGCAAACUCCCCAAUAGUGUAAAUAUAUAAUUUAGUUUGUCGUCCUACAUACAGUGUUGCUUACCCUGAGGCAGAAUGUUUUCUUUACUAACAUGGCAUUUUAGCUUGGACUGUGGAUCGAGGGAGUGAAUAGUAGGGAGCUGAUUUACAGCGAGGGAUUUCCCAGGCGGUCAGUACCCUAGAAGAGCAAUGAUGUCAUUUCCCGAAUGAGUAAUUCACCGAUUAAACCAAAGAGUACAUCGCCAUUUUUUUUAGCUCUGCAAGUGCCAACUGCUGUAGGUUUUGGUGUGAUACAUUCACUGGUUGUUUGAAGAUGGACAAUAGUUGUAGUUGUCGUGUAUGUUCAAUCACUCGCUCUGUGUUUGACCACUCUCCCCUUUGCUCUCGGAUGUUGACUUUCUACGUGUCAACUAGGGCUACGUGUGAUGACAAAGCAGCGCGGGUUGCUAUACCGCUGGUCUUUGUGUGGCCAUGUACCCCACCAGGUGUACUGUAACAUGGAGCGAGGCCAGGUCUCAGGAGACACAGAGGCAGUAUCGGAGGAAAGGAGGAAAGGCAGACAAUCCAAAGGCAGCUCACAGAAUCGGGUUCACUUGCCCGAUACUCCAGAAGAGCCGUGGAGCCAGGUAAUCAGUGACACUGUUACCAAACGAGAGGAUCGUGGUUUGGAACGACACCAGACGGCCGAGCCGAUCAAGCACACGGAAGAGCAGGUGGAAGUUAUUAAAUUCUACCUGGAGUCGCGCCGACCAGCGGGAGAGGGCCACCGGGAGAGUGUCAAGAUGCUGACCGACGAGGUGUCGCAAAUUCAGGAGGUGAGGUACUGCUUGAAGACGCUCCGGGCGCAGAUGGAGGCCCGAAAGAACCAGAACCACCACCACCACAAGAAGAAUCCAGCCACUGACGUGACAGACCUAGUGUCGAAUCACAAGCCGCCCUUACCCAAUGGCGAACCUGCUCAGCAUGACUCAGAGAACCUGGUCAACCGGCACCAGGAGGAGAGCGUGACGCUCAGCGAAGCCACAAAGCGUCUGUACGUCCAGCUGACGGAGGCCGAGGACAGACACCAGGAAGAGAGGGACAGACUGAAGGCGGAGAACAGCACGCUACAGCGCCGCCUGGAGGAGCAGACGGCGCGGCUGCAGCGGGCGGAGGGGUUGUCAGAGGACCGGGGCCAGCGGGUGGAGGGGCUGGAGCGGCUCCUGGGGAGCCUGGCGGUGGAGAGCAGCGGCCUCAAAGAGAAGGUGGCCGCCGGGGAGACGGAGCUGGGGCGGCUGAGGGAGCAGACGCAGCAGGGCAGGGAGGAGCAGCACAGGAGUGAAGCGUUGGAGAAGGAGUUGGCCAACAUGAAAGAGAAGAUCCAUCAGCUAGAUGACAUGCUGAAGAGCCAGCAGAGGAAGGUUCGACACAUGAUCGAACAGCUGCAGAACUCUCGGACCGUGAUCCAGGAGAGAGAUCGAAUAAUCGUGGAACUAGAAGAGAAAGUGGCCUACCUCGAGGCUGAGAACCGGGAAAUGCACGACCGCAUGGAGUACAUCUCCGGCUCCCCGGACCCCCCACCUCCAGAACUGACCGAGUCCGAGGACAGGCAGCAGGUGGUUUACAGUAAAGUCCUCACGCCAUCCACGCAUCGCAGCUCAAAGAAUCUUCCUUACAUAAAAGUCAUCGAGAUCAAGUCCUGAGUCGGAGAGAGUGAGGGGCGAGGGAGAACUCUGUGAACAGGACCGCCUCCCUCGCUAUGCAACCGGCUGAACUGCCACAGAAUUCACCAGACUGUUAUUUGUAAAUAGGUAUUUAUUCACCCCAUUACGAUAUGUUACGGUUUUGACUGGUCCGAACGAGUCUGACAGUUGGGACGGAGUGGACUUUUGGCGAGUGCUGCUUUUGGCCGGUAAGACUGUGCUGAACGCCUUCACUCUGCUCUGCCAUUUAUUAUCUUAGUGAUGUGGAAGACACAGCAGGAAGGUUGGUCGUUUAUAGCAUGUGUUCAAAUCAUUGCAGGGAAUGAGGUACAGUUUUUUUUACAGUUUUCCUUUUUGCCUUUUCUUCGCCUUUCUGCAGCAUCUGUUAAUAAUAAUUGUAGGUAGAUGUGUGGCAGAGAAAUGUUGACGAUCAGGUAGCAAUGUGUUUUAAGUGUGUCUGCACUUAGUUCCACUUAACUUGAGUUUAAAAGCAUUAGGGUCAACAGUCAAGCUCCUGAUUACUUUGCAACCCAUUGACGAUGGCAUAUAUUAUACACAGAAGGAUGCUCAUUCUUCAAAGAUUCAGGUUUAACACCUCCGUAUGUAUACUAUUUGAUUGGGAAAUGGACAUGGAGUCUUAUGUUUCUAUCCUAGAUGAUAGCCUUAUAGUUUCGUACCUCCGGCUACCUUGACAGCACCUGGAGAUGUGAAAAAUGUAUAUAAAUACCUGAAGUUGCUAAAUAAAUCAGUCUAAAUUGAUUAAGAUCUGAUGUAUUCAGGUUGUUCAUUCUUAUUCUAUCAACUUUCUCUUAUUUAAUUAUUAUUAUUAGUUCUGUCUACCCUAACCCUGUUUUUCAAACUUCUAAGCUUUUCAUGUUUUUCUUUACUGUACAUUAAAACAAAUAUAAGGUCAUGUUAUUAUACAUUUUCUUUCAAUAAAUCCUGUUGAAUUGCG